AUGGGCAUUGGUGAGUUUAAACCGCGCGUGUGCGUGCGUGCGUGCGUGGUCACUGUCCGUGCGUACAUUCGCCUCCUCCUCCUCCUCCUAAUAACCGACCAAUCCCCUACCGCUAGAGUCGUCAAGAUGAACCAACCAAAAAAGUCACAACCUUACCGAAAGAAAGACGUCAAGCGUGUGGACAAGUGGCUCAAAUUCAUCCAGUCCAACGGAUUCGCGUCGUUUUACAAAGGACGACCCAACGAGGAGCUCAUUCGACGCGUCUUCAAGGGCAUCCCUCCGCGUAUUCGGACACGAGUCUGGCCGACCCUUCUCAACGUCGAAUCCGCAAAACGGGCCAGGGUCUACGAGUCGGUGACGCCGCCACCUGCUACACCACCACCACGACCUCCACCGCUACCACUGCCUCAGCUUUUGUUCACACUCGUGUACCAAUGUCAGGACUUGAAGGCAACCAGGUUUAAACACCAUCUGCUGCCCAUCCUCUUCAUCGGUUACGCCUUUUUGCGUCUGCCACUAGUAAUUAAAUGCAAAGUUCGUGUCGAGGAGUCGGGAGUCGGUCCGGCGUCGUUGCGUCACCUCCAAACCUAUCACCGAUUGGUUGUUUGCUUGGCCUUGGGUCUAUUCGACUCCCCACUGGAUAUGCGGAAGUACGCCUUCGCGUCGUCCACUUACAUCGAGCAAAUUGACCUCGACAUAAACCGCACCUUCCGCUCGACGACCUUCUUCAACGAGGCGUUCGGCCCGCGUCAACAGGUGCUCUUUCGAAUCCUCGCCGCGUACUCUAUGUACAACACCGAGGUUGGAUAUUGCCAGGGCAUGAGUGACAUCGCGGGGAUGCUGUUGAUCUACAUAAUGGACGAGGAGGACGCGUUCUGGGCGCUGGCCCAACUGCUCACUGGACCGCGUCACAAGAUGCACUGCCUCUUCACCCGCAACUUCCCCGGUCUGAGGCGUUACUUCAAGCACCACGACCGCGUCCUCCGCACCCACCUUCGCAAGGUGUGGAAGCACUUCGAGGCACACGAGGUCGAGUGCUCCACGUACGCCUUCAAGUGGUACAUGCAGUGCUUCCUUGGCAGAUUGCCCAUCUCCUUGACUCUUCGUGUGUGGGAUAUUUACCUAUUGGAGGGCGAGAAGGCUCUCGUUGCCAUGUCCUAUAACAUCCUCAAAAUGCACAAACAGCGACUCUUACGGAUGGAUCAGAUACAGAUACUCACGUUUUUGCAAGACGAGAUCUGCCGUGACUUCGGAUUUGACGACGAUGACGUCAUCGACUCGUUGAAGGACUGCUUGGAGGAACUGCGACGGGCUAAUCUUGACACCCCUCCUCCUCUCACCGCUGACAUGUUGCCGACGAAGGAGUUAGGUCAGGCACCUGAGAUAUGGGAGGUGCGUCACUCCGACGACGAGACUUCGAAGAAGCCGAAGGACAAGCGUAACCAACAUCGUCGAAAGUCGAAGAAGGAGGAAGAGGUGGGUGAGGAGGAACAGAAAGUGGAGAUGCAAGACAAGUCACACCCUGCCAAAGACGUGGUUCUGCGGUCGGACGCGAAGACGACGAAGGAGGCGGACAAAGUCGUGACGACGACGGUGGACGAUAAGCCUGGCACCAUCGAUCGACACGCUUCUGUCUCUAGCCACAAACACAACUCCCUCACGUCGGAAGGUCCGCCGUCCUCCGACUCACGCCGACGUUUCCGCGGAAGUCAGCAUUCGGUCGGUUCGUCCGUGUUCAGCGUCUCCGGUUCGUCAAAGGGCGUCGUCUCGCCCCACGACAAUCUCAUUCCCCCUCUCCUCCCCCCUCCCGAUCACCACAAGUCAUCCCAUGUGGAUUCUAAUUCAUUGAACAAUCGCGUUACAGACAAACGUCGCGCUGACUCCGCUCCUCGCGUUGCCAGCAGGUCUAAAGUCACGCUUGACAGGGGUGGGAGCAGGGUCAAAGCAUCGUCGGCGAAGCGCGUGGAGCAGAAGGAGACCGAGAACGUCUGGUUUAUCCCGCCUGGAACUGGCUACGCGUCUUCCACUGAAGGUCGGCGACAUCGUCAGGUGAAUUACACCGACGCCACCCUCCCUCCUCGCGACUACCACAACGCGACCGCAGGCGGCAAAAAGGCCCCCAGGGACGGUGAAGUGAAUUCGCCGUGGAAACCGAAUGACCACCGCAAACCUCCGCACGCCUCCAGAGUCAGUCCUGUCAAGGACUUGAAGAACGACAAAGUACACCCCGUGGGGAUAUCGGAAAGCGUCAUCGAGGUUGUCUGGAGUCCCGACCCCACCGUCCCUGCCACCCCAGGCUCACCUCUCUGGGAGAAACAGCCGCCAGAGGCCGCACCUUCGUCUCCCUCGCACCGGUCGGAUAAUCAAGACACCGUUCGGGUCUACCCAAUCCACUCGUGCCGUCCCUCAACCAUCGCCUAUUUCCGCGCCUACGACUCUCGACUGGCCUCGAGGACAUUCAGCAGUGGUGUCGCGCGCCUCCGACCCACAGCCUUCCACUCCGCCACGCACACGGACGUCGCAAGCGCGACCAGCUGGAGCUACUUCGGCACCGCCUGCGUCCUCCCGCCGACUGGGGCGGACCACGCCUUACCCGAGUGCAGUCCAACCCUCUACCAAUCGAAUUCGCAGUGGAGCAACCCCUAA